AUGGCUAGAUUUCAAGUAUUUACUGUUCAUAAGAUCCAUCACUUGCUUAUGACGUGGAGAACCUAUGGAGUCCGCUUUCUUCGAAUCACUUGCAGUCCUUUGGAAGUUGUCGGCGUCUUGGACGUUGCUUAUUUCAGAGUCACCUUCAACACUUCAGAAACAGGUGUCACUGAGGUGGGAUCAUUCAAUUGUUGCAGGCAAGCACUCCAAGAUGGAGAGGAUAAUUUGAUAGUUGACAUGGAAAACAAAAAGAACUUUGAGGCAUUAACAAAUGGCUUAGGCCCUGAAUCGAAAGUAACUUCUGAAGACAAGGUGCACAAGAAGAAGAAGUGGGCUUCUGAAUCUCUUUAUAAUGCAAUUGAUGAAUCUGCAGAAGCUAAAACUAUGAUUGAUGAGACGAAGAAGCGAUCGAAGGAUAAAAGGAAAAAGAAAGACAAAUCAAGUAGUGACGGGAAUGAUGGCCAAUUUGAAUCCAUACCUAUGGUGACAGAAGUCAAGUUAAGGGACAAUGCAUCUUCAGAUGCCAAAACUGUCAAUGGUGAGAUGGAGAAGCAAUCCAAGGAUAAAAAGAAAAGGAGAAACAAAUCAAGCAGUGAUGGGAAUGUAGAAGGGCUUCAGAUUGGAGAUCAUAUUGAAAAUGAUUCUAAGAAGGAUAGUUUCAAUACAGCAAAUGAUGAUGCGACGGGCAAGAAGAAGAAAGAUUCUAAAAAGAGAAGACCGACAUCUGAAGAAAAUGAUGUAUUGCCUGUGGAUGGAAAGGCAGAUAUAAAUGGGGACCUUGGGAAUACUGGAGAGAGAUCUUCCGUCCAGAGGCCUCAAAAGAAACAACAAAAGGGAUCAGUUGAGCCAAAAGUAGGGAAGGCAUUUCAACGAGUAAAGGCCGAUGAAGUAGUAUUUGCUGAUGAGAGAAUUCAGGAUAACUCUUACUGGGCAAAGGAUGGAGCGGAGAGCGGUUAUGGCGCAAAAGCAGAGGAAAUUCUUGGCCAAGUUAGGGGAAGGGACUUUCGUCAUGAGAAGACCAAGAAAAAACGUGGGACAUACAAAGGGGGGCAAAUUGAUAUCCAAUCCCACUCAAUAAAUUUCAGCGAUUCUGAUGAUGAUGAAUGA